AUGCAUUUCUCAAUUGUUGUCUUGGAGGUUUUGGUAUGGGCGGCAUUGUCCGGCCCUGCAAGUGCUGCGCCGUCUAACUCGCGACGCAACGACAACCAGACAACACCCACUUGUCAAAAGACAAAGGUAGCCAUCCUAGGCGCCGGUGUCGCCGGCAUAAGUGCAGCUCAAGCCCUUUCCAAUGCCUCCAUCACAGACUUCCUUAUGAUUGACCGCAAUGACUACAUUGGCGGGAGGCUAGCCCACACGACCUUUGGCUCUAAGCCGGACGGAACGCCAUAUACAGUCGAGCUUGGAGCGAAUUGGGUCCAAGGACUAGGAGCAGCGGAUGCCGCCGCACCAGAGAACCCAAUCUGGACAUUCUCAAAGAAGUGGAACAUCUCGAACACUUACUCGAAUUAUGAUUCCAUCAUAACAUGUGACGAAACGGGGGCAAGCGACUUUUCAAAUCUCCUGGCAGAAUUUGACAACGCCUGGGACGUCGCUGCAGUAGAUGCGGGAUCAAUUCUCACGGAGAACCUACAAGAUACCUCGGCACGUGCUGGGCUCAGCCUCGCAGGGUGGAAGCCUAAGCAGGACAUGAAGAAGGCGGCAGCAGAGUGGUGGCAAUGGGACUGGGAUGCUUCGUACUCUCCGGAGCAGAGCAGUCUCGUGUUUGGCAUCACGGGGGACAACCUUACCUUCAACCAGUUUGGCGAAGACAACAACUUCGUGGUGGAGCCUCGGGGCUUCAACGCGUGGCUCGUUGGAGAAGCAUCAACAUUCCUGGACCCGUCAGGCAACGACCCGCGCUUGCUCCUGAACACGACCGUCUCUGCCAUCGAGUACUCGGAUUCGGAGGUUACGGUCCAGCUCUCCGACAGUGAGUGCAUCUCGGCCGAGCACGCGGUCUGCACCUUCUCCCUUGGCGUCUUGCAGAACGAUGUCGUCGACUUUAAGCCCCAGCUACCGCGGUGGAAGCGCGAGUCGAUCGAGCAAUUCCAGAUGGGCACGUACACCAAGAUCUUCUACCAGUUCAACACGACCUUCUGGCCCGAGGACGUGCAGUUCUUCUUGUACGCAGAUCCGGACAAGAGGGGCUAUUACCCGGUGUGGCAGUCCCUGUCGACGGAAGGCUUCUUGCCCGGAAGCAACAUCAUCUUUGCGACGGUGGUAGAGGACGAGUCCUAUCGGAUCGAGAAGCAGAGCGAUGAACAGACCAAGGCGGAAGGCCUCGAGGUCCUGCGAAGGAUGUUUCCGGAUGCACGAGUUCCUGAGCCCACCGACUUCAUGUACCCGCGGUGGACGACGGAGCCAUGGACGCAUGGGAGUUACAGCAACUGGCCAGUGGGCUUGACACUGGAGAAGCAUCAGAACCUGCGGGCCAAUGUCGGAGCUCUCUGGUUUGCUGGCGAGCACACCUCGGCACAAUAUUAUGGGUUCCUGCAGGGGUCAUGGUUCGAGGGACAGGAGCGUGGCGUGCGUAUUGCUGCGUUAUUGAAAGGCAAUGGCACCGCCAUGGAAGCUUACGGGGAGCUGCAGGGCACGACUGAGCUUUCUGAGUAUGAUGCUACAAACGGGUGGCCGGUGAGCAGCUUUCUGAACUAUAAUUGA